ACGAAACGUUCUCUCAGAGUUGUUAAAGCAGCCAUGUCUAAUACAGCUGGUCAGGUCAUUAAAUGCAAGGCUGCGGUUUCAUGGGAGGCAGGGAAGCCCCUGGUGAUUGAAGAAGUGGAGCUGGCUCCACCACAGGCAAAUGAAGUUCGUAUCAAGAUCCUUUUCACCUCUCUCUGUCACACUGAUGUUUACUUCUGGGAGGCCAAGGGACAAAAACCAGCAUUUCCUCGGAUAUUUGGCCAUGAAGCUGCAGGAGUGGUUGAGAGCGUGGGUGAGGGCGUAACGGAUCUCAAACCAGGAGACACUGUCCUCCCGGUGUUCACCGGAGAGUGCAAGGAGUGCCGGCACUGUAAAUCAGAAGAGAGCAACAUGUGUGACCUCCUUAGGAUAAAUACGGACAGGACUGUUAUGCUGAGUGAUGGCAAAUCGAGGUUCAGCGCUAAGGGAAAGCCCAUCUACCAUUUCCUUGGGACCUCCACGUUCAGCGAAUACACCGUUGCCCAUGUUGGCAGUGUGGCCAAAAUCAAUCCUGCUGCCCCACUUGACAAAGUUUGCGUUCUUAGUUGUGGAAUAUCUACAGGUCUGGGUGCUGCUAUCAAUGUUGCAAAACCCAAAAAGGGCUCAUCUGUUGCAGUUUUUGGAUUGGGGGCUGUAGGCCUUGCAGCUGCUGAAGGGGCUAGGAUUUCUGGGGCAUCAAGGAUCAUCGGUGUCGAUUUGAACGCCAGUAGAUUUGAACAAGCCAAGAAGUUUGGUGUGACCGAGUUCGUGAACCCCAAAGAUCAUGACAAACCUGUUCAAGAGGUGAUUGCUGAGAUGACCGAUGGAGGAGUUGACCGGAGCAUAGAGUGUACUGGAAGCGUUGCCGCCAUGAUCUCUGCAUUUGAAUGUGUUCAUGAUGGUUGGGGCGUUGCUGUUCUUGUUGGUGUGCCAAACAGAGACGAUUCAUUCAAAACUCACCCCAUAAAUCUACUGAAUGAGAGGACUCUCAAGGGCACAUUUUUUGGCAACUUCAAACCCCGCACCGAUCUUCCCCGUCUCGUGGAGAAAUACGUGAAUAAGGAGCUGGACCUGCAACUGGAGAAAUUCAUCACCCAUGAAGUCUCCUUCUCUGAUAUCAACAAAGCAUUUGACUACAUGCUGAAGGGGGAAGGCCUCCGGUGCAUCAUCCGCAUGGGAGCCUAGAACACACUCCAUGAGUGAAGUCUAUGUUAGAUGAUGAGAAAAUAAGGGAGGAAUGAGCCUGUGUGAAUGCGUGUAACGCAAGAGAAAUUUGGCUGUGUUGUUAUAUGGUGUAGCCUUUUAGACACUUCUUGUGUUGUUGAGGAUGAUUCAAAAGCAACUCCCACUCGCUUGUGGAAAUUCUGGU